AUGAAUUAAAAGGAGCGUGUUUUUGUAGAUAGAAACAAUGAAUACGCUGAGAAUGAAUACUUUGUCGGCUAGAAAGAAUCGAGAUUUCACUCCAAUGAUUAAUAAAUAAAUUUUUAAGUAGAAUCGUAAUUAAGCACUCUUAGUUUUAUUUUUGAUUGGAUUACAAAUGUAAGACUGCAAAACUUAUAAUUUAAGGAUCAAUUACAAGAGCUAAGAUCUCAAGUACUUCACGAGAUGAAGCAAUUAGACCAGAGUGUUAAAACUAAAUAUGUUACUACAGCAUUAACAUACAUUUUGAUCAAGAAUACCGGUGGGAUAAAUGAGACAGAAUGCAUACAGCAAUUGCUAAAUAAGUUCAAUGUCAAAUCAAGAAAAUUAUUGAAGUAUUUAAGGAUGAUCAAAGAUGAUGGUCAAAGAGAUAUGAAUAAGUUAUUAUAGCAGAUUUAGUAUUAUCAGGAGAAGGUGAGGAAGUAUUUUUAUGGAUAAGGACAAUCGUUAUUGUUAAAAUUGAAGAAACCAAAAUAAACUUAUACUUAGCUGAUAGAAGAAAUUCUUGAAACUAAUAAACAAGUGAUGAUUAGAAUAUUCUCUUUGCAAUUAGUGAAAUAAUUUUGUGUAAGCAAACGACCAAGUCGAUUGGUAAUCAACCUGGGUUACUUUGCAUUCUAAAUAUAAUCAAUAUAUAUUUUGCCUGGAGAAUAUGCUAGAAUUUUUCGGAUAUCAAUAAACUCAUUACGACAUUUCUCAAAGGGAUUAAUUAAUCUUUUGUAUCAGUUUGUUUUAAGGAUAACUGGUCAAGGAAUGGAAAUAUAAUUAAAGUCAUGUGAGAGAAGUCCUCAAAUUUCACAAACCAUUAUGAACGAAGGUGAAUUCAAAAAGUCACCCGAGGAUACAAGCGUCUCAGAACCUAACAUAGAAAUUGAAGGAUAUAAAUUGCUUAUUAUUAGAAAACUACUUAAUGAAUUUACCACAUAUUAGUUUUUAUUUAUUGAUACUGAAGAAGAGGAUGAAUUAUUUAAUGAAUGCUAAGAAAUUUUGAACUUUUCAACCAAUCAAAAAGAGUGAUUUUAUUUUUUUUGUAUAUGAAGAUAGCUCCUAUAUAUUGAGAUAA